UGCCUAAUUCCUAAAACCCUUCUAAACUCUCAGCCUCUUCUCACCGUACCCUAAUUUAAGAUUUUAUAAUUUAACAUUUUCCGUUUGUUUGCUCGGCAAAAUCGAUUUCAUGAAAAUGGCGCCUUCAAAGAAAUCUAUAAACAAGAAUCCCAUGAACUCGCUAAAGUUCAGUAAACAAUCGAAAAAAUCGUUCAAACCCGGUAGCAAAAGACCAGACGACGCCGUGCAUUCGCAAGCCCUGUCUCUACAACUUGAAGACGACGUCCCUGACUUCCCCAGAGGUGGGGGAAAUUCGCUGAGUCGAGAAGAGGUCGACGAAGUUCGUGCCGAAGUUGAUGCGGAGUUUGAAGCGGAGGAGAUGGGGUUGAAGAAGAGGAAGAAGAACAAUAGAGUGAAGAAGAAAAGUCAUUCCACAGAGGAUGAUUUUGGAUCGCUUUUCAGCGGUGGAAUUACGGGCAAAUUACCGAGGUUUGCUAAUAAGAUCACUUUGAAGAAUAUUUGUCCUGGAAUGAAGCUUUGGGGAAUAGUUGCUGAAGUGAAUGAUAGAGAUAUUGUAAUUGGUCUUCCAGGGGGCUUGCGUGGAUUAGUUCGUGCCAGUGAAGCAUUUGACCCUGUUUCAGAUAAUGAUGUGGAAUUUAAUUUACUUUCUAGCUUAUAUCAUGUUGGGCAGCUUGUUUCUUGCAUUGUGUUGGAAUUGGAUGAUGAUAAGAAGGAGAAAGGAAACCGAAAGAUCUGGCUUUCUCUCCGUCUUUCUUUGUUGCAUAAGGGCUUAACCUUUGAUGUUAUUCAAGAAGCUAUGGUUCUUACUGCAUAUGUGAAAAGCAUUGAAGACCAUGGGUAUAUUCUUCAUUUUGGAUUGCCUUCCUUUACUGGGUUUAUGCCAAAGAACAACCAGGCUGAAAGCAGGGACAUGACGGUGAACACUGGACAACUUCUACAAGGGGUGGUUAAAAGCAUUGAUAGAACUCGUAAAGUAGUUUAUUUGAAUUCUGACCUCGAUAUGGUGUCCAAGUGUGUGACCACAGAUCUUAAGGGCAUUUCACUUGAUCUUCUUGUUCCAGGCAUGAUGGUUAAUGCUUGUGUACAAUCAAUCCUUGAAAAUGGAAUAAUGAUAUCAUUCCUCACCUAUUUUACAGGAACUGUUGAUAUAUUCCAUUUACAAAAAACUUUUCCUACUGCAAACUGGAGGGAUGAUUACAGUCAAAAUAAGAAGGUCCAUGCUCGGGUAUUAUUUGUUGAUCCCUCAACUAGAGCUGUUGGUUUGACCCUGAAUCCUCACCUUGUCCAGAACAAGGCUCCACCUUCGCUUGUUAAAACUGGAGACAUAUUCGACCACUCAAAAGUAGUUAGAGUUGAUAGAGGAUUUGGCCUUCUGCUUGAAAUCCCUUCUUCUCCAGUUCCAACCCCAGCAUACGUUAGUGUAUCUGAUGUGGCUGACAAGGAAGUGCGGAAGUUGGAAAGAAAUUUUAAGGAAGGAAGCAAUGUUCGUGUUCGAAUUCUUGGAUUUAGACACUUAGAAGGUCUCGCUAUGGGUGUUCUAAAGACUAGUGCAUUUGAAGGGUCAGUUUUCACUCACUCAGAUGUCAAGCCUGGAAUGCUGGUCAAGGCUAAAGUCAUUGCUGUUGACAGUUUUGGGGCUAUCGUGCAAUUUCCUAGUGGUGUGAAGGCACUUUGUCCUCUUCGACACAUGUCAGAGUUUGAAAUAGUGAAGCCUAGAAAAAAAUUCCAGGUUGGAUCUGAACUACUGUUCCGUGUGCUUGGUUGCAAGUCCAAGAGAAUUACUGUUACACACAAGAAAACACUAGUGAAAUCGAAGCUUGGAAUUCUUGGUUCAUAUGCUGAUGCAAUUGAAGGUUUAGUAACACAUGGAUGGAUAACGAAGAUUGAAAAGCUUGGGUGCUUUGUCCGAUUUUACAAUGGAGUACAAGGAUUUGCCCCCAGAUCUGAACUUGGAUUAGAACCAGGGUGUGACACAAGUUCUAUGUAUCAUGUUGAACAAGUUAUCAAAUGCAGAGUUACAAGAUCUUUUCCUGCUUCACGGCGGAUCAACCUUAGUUUCAUUAUAACACGUCCCAGGAAUUCUGAAGAUGAUAUGGUCAAGUUGGGCAGCCUCGUUUCUGGAGUUGUGGAGCAAAUAACAGCACAUGCGAUAGUAGUGCAUGUCAAUUCAAAAGGUUACAUGAAGGGUACAAUUUCUCUGGAACAUUUGUCAGAUCACCAGGGGCUUGCAGUGUUGAUGAUGUCAGUCUUGAAGCCAGGAUAUGAGUUUGAUCAACUCUUGGUCCUUGAUAUCGAGAGUGGCAAUUUAAUACUUACUGCGAAGUAUUCUCUUAUUAACUUGGCCCAAGAACUUCCUCUGGAACUCACUCAAAUUCAUCCGAACGCAAUAGUCCAUGGUUAUGUGUGUAACUUAAUUGAAACUGGUUGUUUUGUCCGCUUCAUUGGGCGUUUGACUGGAUUUUCUCCCAGACACAAGGCUACUGAUGACCGAAGAACCGACCUUUCUGAAGUCUUCUACAUUGGACAAUCUGUUCGCAGUAACAUACUUGAUGUCAGUGGUGAGAAGGGCAGAAUAACAUUAUCUUUGAAGCAGUCGUUAUGUUCUUCAACAGAUGCAUCCUUCAUUGAAGAAUACUUUCUCUUGGAAGACAAGAUUGCUAAGCUGCAAUCGCCAGAAUCUAAAGUUUCUGAGUUCAACUGGGUUAAAGGAUUUAAUAUUGGCAGUGUUAUUGAGGCAAAAGUUCACGACUGCAAGGAUUUUGGAGUUGUUGUCGGCUUUGAGAAGUAUAAUGAUGUUUUUGGUUUUAUUACACACUAUCAGUUGGCUGGAAAUACUGUGGAAAUUGGCUCUACUGUUCAUGCUGCUGUUCUUGAUGUUACCAAAAUAGAACGCAUUAUUGAUUUAUCUUUAAAACCGGUUUUCAUUGAUACAUCCAAAGGAAAAAGUUCUGACAUCCAAACUCACAAGAAGAAACGCAAAAGGGAAGAACACAGAGACUUGGAGGUGCACCGAUCUGUAAAUGCAAUAGUAGAGAUUGUGAAAGAGAAUUACUUGGUUCUUUCGUUACCAGAGUAUAACUUUACCAUAGGAUAUGCGUCAAUAAGUGACUUCAACACUCAAAAGUUACCUCCAAAACAAUUUGUUAAUGGACAAAGUGUCACUGCCACCAUCAUGGCACUUCCUAGCCCUUCAACAUUUGGGAGGUUGCUACUGCUACUUAAAUCUAUAAGUGAUGUUACAGAGACUUCUAGUUCGAAGAGGGAAAAAAAGAGAUCUAGCUAUCAUGUGGGAUCUCUUGUUCAAGCAGAGAUUACCGAAAUAAAGCCUCUUGAAGUCAGAUUGAAAUUUGGAUCAGGUUUUCAUGGAAGGGUGCAUGUAACAGAAGCAAAUGAUGAUAAUGUUGUUGAAGAUCCCUUUAGUAGCUUCAGAAUUGGCCAAACACUGACCGCAAGGAUUAUUUCUAAGUCUUAUAAGUCAGAAAAUAAUAGAAAAAACUAUCAAUGGGAAUUGUCCAUGAAACCCUCAAUGCUUACAGGUUCCAGAGGAAUGGGCGUCGAGCCUAUAACUGAAGAUUUCAAUUAUUCAAUUGGACAGUGUGUCAGUGGGUUUGUAUAUAAAGUGGACAAGGAAUGGGUUUGGUUAACAGUAUCUCGAAACGUGAAGGCUCAGCUCUAUCUUCUUGACAGUGCGUGUGAACCGACUGAGCUCCAGGAGUUGCAGAAGCGAUUUAAUGUGGGGAAGGCUAUCUCUGGCUAUAUUUUAAGUACUAAUAAGAAGAAAAAGCUGUUACGUUUGGUGCUUCAUCCAUUGUCUGUUUCUCCUGAUGGAACAGUUGAUGAUGAAUCUUUUAAGAUGGAUGAUUUGAGCUGUCCUUCAAAUGAAAAUGUAACUUCCCAUAUUCAUAAAGGUGAUAUUUUGGGUGGCAGGAUUUCCAAAAUUCUUCCAGGGGUUGGUGGAUUGCUUGUCCAAAUUGACCCACACCUGUAUGGUAAGGUUCAUUUUAUGGAAUUGACAGAUGUAUGGAUGUCUGAUCCAUUAUCUGGGUAUCAUGAAGGACAAUUUGUCAAGUGCAAAGUCCUAGAAAUCAGCCGUUCAGUUAAGGGCACUGUUCAUAUUGAUUUGUCACUGCGGUCAUCUUUAUGUGGCAACAACUGUCAGAAGUCUAUUGAACCGAGCCAUAUUAAUUUAAGCAACAUGCAUUCUCCUGGCCAACGUGUGGAGAAGUUUGAGGAUCUUCAUCGUAAUGUGAUUGUACAGGGUUAUGUUAAGAAUGUUACACCGAAAGGAUGUUUCGUUAUGCUCUCCCGGAAUAUUGAUGCGAAGAUUCUCCUCUCAAACUUGUCUGAUGGCUAUGUUGAAAAUCCAGAAAUGGAAUUUCCUAUUGGAAAACUUGUAAUUGGCAAGGUGGUAUCCGUGGAGCCUUUGUCCAAGCGAGUUGAGGUGUCCCUUAAGACAUCAAGUGCAAUCCAUGCUCCAAAAUCUGGUAUAAAUGAUUUAAGUAAUAUCCGAAUUGGGGAUGUUAUUUCUGGCAGGAUCAAGCGCAUUGAGCCGUAUGGUUUGUUUAUCACAAUUGAUCACACAAACAUGGUUGGGUUAUGCCAUGUCUCAGAGCUUUCUGACGAUCAUGUUGACAACAUUGAAAUUAAAUACAGAGCAGGGGAGAAAGUGAGAGCAAAGAUUUUGAAGGUGGAUGUGGAUAGACACAGGGUUUCCCUCGGGAUGAAGGAUUCAUAUUUUAGUGAUGACACUGGUAUUUAUGCAGCUUCAACACAAGGGUCAGAGGAUGCCAAUAAAGAAAAUAGUUUCACAAUGGCCACUCAGUUCCCAAUGUUGCCAGACAGCAUCUCAGCUGUAAUCCAGAAUUUGGGUAUUGAAAGUGAAAAUAGGGAGCAUCUGAUUCUUGCUGAAGUGGAGGCAAGGGCUUCCAUUCUUCCGCUUGCAGUACCUCUUGAUGAUACGGAGAACUCAGACAUGGAAAAUAUAGACUUUCAAAAUAUAGAGAAUGUUGAUGCAAACCCCAUGGAUGAAAAGAACAAGAGAUUGGCAAAAAAGAAGUCCAAAAAAGAGAGGGAACAAGAAAUUAGUGCUGCGGAAGAAAGACAGAGAGAGAUUCAUAUACCAAGUUCUGCUGAUGAAUUUGAGAAACUGGUUAGAAGUUCCCCAAAUAACAGCUUUGUCUGGACAAAGUAUGCGGAAUUUAUGGUCUCUCUGGCUGAUAUUGAGAAGGCCCACUCAAUUCUUGAGAGGGCUUUGAAAACAAUUAACUUCCGAGAAGAAUCGGAGAAGCUGAAUGUAUGGGUUGCUUAUUUUAAUUUAGAGAGUGAAUAUGGAAAUCCUCCAGAGGAGGCUGUUGUGAGGGUAUUUCAAAGAGCUUUGCAGUAUUGUGAUCCCAAAAAGGUGCAUCUGGCAUUGCUUGGAGUAUAUGAAAGGACCAAGUGGCACAAGUUGUCUGAUGAACUUCUUGAGAAAAUGGUCAAGAAGUUCAAGCAUUCACGCAAGGUGUGGUUAAGGCGGUAUCAGAAUGUCCUGGAGCAUAACCCAGAUCGAGUUGAGCUUGUUCGAAAUCGUGCUGUUCUAAGCCUUCCCCGCCAUAAGCAUAUCAAGUUCAUUUCACAUUCAGCUAUCCUUGAGUACAAGAAUGGGGUUCCUGAUAGAGGCCGAUCCAUGUUUGAGGGAAUGCUUCGCGAAUACCCCAAAAAAACAGACUUGUGGCGUAUUUAUCUUGAUCAAGAAAUUCGACUUGGUGAUGUGGAUGUGAUUCGUGCAUUAUUCGAGAGGGCCAUAAGUUUGAGCCUUGCUCCUAAAAAGAUGAAGGCCCUCUUCAAAAGGUAUCUCGAUUAUGAGAAGUCUCUUGGUGAAGAUGAACGGAUUGAUUAUGUGAAGAGGAAGGCAAUGGAAUAUGUUGAGAGCACACUUGCUUAAUACUUGUACUGAUGUUUGAAGGAAUUUCUGUUUCAGCGUUCAAGACAAACUGGAUUUGGAUGUUUGUCAUAUAAAGUCGUUUGCUCUAUCAACAGAAUCCGAAUGUGCUCAAGAUAUCUUUGAUUGAACUGCACGGAACAUCCAUUCCACUAAAAAAAAAAAAUCACGCCAAGAGGAUCCAAAUGUGGUGACUGCAGUUUUGUUUCAUACUAGACAUGCAAUACUACUUACAUAAUUUGUGGUUCCAAGGGAAUUCGAACUCUCAAGAUAUCUUUGUGGUCUUAUCAUUACACUAUUCCCUUUGGAUUCUGUUUAUCACUGUUGCUUGGCAUUGUAUCUGCCGAUUUUCUGGUUAAAUUCACCAGUGUGAGGGAGUGUAGAGUAGAAAGAAGAAUUUUUUGCGGCAAUUUGUUGGGCAAUAGAUCUUGAAACAAGGGCAAAAGAUACGUUGUAGGCAUUGACAAAAUAAAUGUCUUGACUAUCACUGAUUAAAUUAUAGAGCGCGGUGUAUUCUUCGGUUUC